ACACACCCUCAGAAAUUCUUUCAUGUAAAGAUGAAUACCAUACCGUAUUACGGCCCCGAUGACGUCAAAGUUUCUUUAAAGUAUGAAGAACUUGUUUCAGCUUUAGAACUGGCUCUGGCUGAUUUUUCAAAAGGACCGGAGGGAGGAGUGAGUCAACCGCUUAGAGCCACGGCCCAAGUCACACAGUUCAAUGGUUUCUUAGCAGCAAUGCCAGCAUAUGUGGAAUCCCGACACGCUCUUGCAUGUAAGCUAGUUACAUUUUAUCCAAAUAAUUCAGCCAAAAACAUGGAUACCCAUAUGGCAUCGAUACUGCUUUUUGACGAAACUUCUGGAAUGCCGAUUGCGAUAAUGGAUGGAGAAGUCAUAACCGCCAUGAGGACGGCAGCGGUUUCAGCAAUCGCCACCAAAUAUUUAGCAGACAAGAAAGAAGUGCUUGCUGUUCUCGGUUCGGGAGUUCAAGCAAGGGCUCAUAUUGAGGCGUUUGUCAAACUUUUCGCAAUCAAGAAGAUUAAUAUCUGGAAUCAUCGACCAAACGGUGCAGAACAACUCGCCAAACAUGUAAAUGCUUCGUUCGGAAUAGAAGUACAAGUAUUUGCUGACGUAGAAUCCUGUGUCGUGGAUGCGGAUGUUAUUGUCGCGGCCACAUUCUCCACUGAACCCAUUCUUAAAGAGUGUGCCAUGAAAUCUGCGGUUCAUAUCAAUUCCGUUGGAGCCCCACGUCCACAAUGGCAAGAACUGAGCAAAGAACUGAUGAACAAUUCCGUUGUUUACGUCGAUUCAGUCGUGUCCGCAACUCAAGAAUCGGGAGAUGUAAUUAAAUCAGGAGCGGAGAUUUAUGGAGAAAUCGGUCAAGUAGUGCUAGGAAAGGUAGAAGCCGAAAUUAGUAAACGUACAGUCUUUAAAUCACUAGGCCUAGCUCUCGAGGACGCUGUUGCUGCCCGUCUCGUUUUCGACAUGAUGGAGCAAAAGAAAAAAAUAUAACCAGCUACCACAAGCAUGUCACCAUUAUCAAAUGCAGAAAAUCCUUAAAAACAGUGCAAAUUUUUAUGGUGGUAUUUAUUAAACGUAAUCCAGAAGAGUACACAGAAAUGAGAGACCUACUGGUACACUGUUCUAGUACAUCACUAGUCUUGAACAAUAACAUAGUCGGGAUGCUUUUCUAGAACAAGCUCAGCUUGCUCUGCCACGACUUCGGUGACACAGCUGAAAACGUCGGAAGCGAAUGCAGCACCACGUUCAACACACAAACGAUGAUAUAUCCCUUGA